CUGCUCAUAAAGAGACGAGAUGACGGGAGAAUUCACUCUUUUGUGCCUUUUAAGAUAAUAUUACCUCUUAAUAUCGCAUACUUGCAGGUUGUGGAUGAAACACAUUUUUCAAAAAAUGAAGUGCGAGCAAUCUACAGAGCCUUCAAAGAAACAUCUCCCAAUGCUGUACUCAACAAAAGGGUUCAAAUUAAUAUUUUAUUGAUGCAAAGAAUUAUUUCAGGUACACUGAGAGAAAAAUUUGCUGAGCUCUUCCCCCAUGGUGAGACUGAGCACUAUGCUGAUCUUCUAUUUGAAUCAUUCGACAACGAUGGUAAUGGAAACAUCAACUUUCAUGAAUUCGUCAAGGCUCUGUCCGUGCUCUGUCGGGGCACUUUGGAUGAGAAACUUGAUUGGCUGUAUAAACUCUACGAUCCAAAGGGAAAAGGUGAAGUGACGUGGCACCGAAUGUUCUAUGUCAUCACCUCUAUGGAUGACUUAAUGGGAAGGAGGGCCCGUCCAAUUCCAAGUCGAGAACAGCGGGCGCAGCAUGCGCAUAAUGUAUUCCAGAAAUUCGAUAUUGGCAAACGAGGACGGAUAUCGAAGGAAGAUUUUAUAACAGUAUGCAAAACUGAUCAACAAAUUAUUGAAUCUAUGUCAGCGUUGUACACAAUAUUACCGGGUUAA